UAAUUUAUUAAAUAUAAAUAAAUGUUCUCGAUUCAAGCGUAGAUUACAUCACGAUUUUCAUUUUAUCAGAAGAAUUCUCUGUAUAAAAGCAUUGUUAUCCGUUAAUGGAAAAUAUCCAAAACUUCGCGAUUUAAAGGACGAAACAGUAAUUUAUGUACUGUACAGUUAUUUUCCAAUUUUCAUCGUAAAUUCAGCAUGUCGGCGAUUAAUGCAUUAAAGUCGCAUAUUUAUAUUAAGCGCACAUAAGAAUCUUGCACCUGGUCCCUCGAUUAUGUAACUGCAAAAUUUUGGCACAAUUUUGGUACAUGAAUAAUCUCGUUGGCGUGGGAAAUUUUCCUGUUCGCUGCGAUCAGUCGCGAACGAGCACAUCAUCGGCAAUCAUUAACCGGCUCAUAAUAGUUCCUUGAAAUUGCGUAUCUUUCUCUCUCGCAAGAAUAUGGGUGACAAGUGCGGCGGUGGGUCGCAGUGCAGACAAAGUGGGAUGAGACGUCCUCAGCAAGAACAUCUCCAUCAUCAUCAUCACCACCACCACCAUCACCACCAUCAUCAUGGAUCCUCAACAAGCCCCACGCGCUCUCGUCAAGCACAUGAUAAGGAUGAGUCUCGUCUCGCACGCGUGAAGCGCGUCCUGGCGGGCUCGCUGCUCGGCCGCGGCGCCGGAUCCAGCAGGAUCUUCGGCACCCGGCUGGAGCUGGUCGAGUCGUACCUCGACACAGGGGUGCCGUAUGUGGUGCAUCGACUAUGCAGCUACAUCGAGGUGCAUGGCUUCCAGAGCGCGGCGGUUUUCCGCCUGUCGGGCGGCAGCCCCCGACUGGCAGAACGGCUGAGAGCUGCCUUCGAACGACGGGGCGACGCCGAUCUGGAAGCAGCUGGGUGUCCGCCGACCGCUGCGACUCUUCUCCGUCAGUAUCUGAAGGAACUGCCGCAGCCCGUCGUGCCGUCUACCCUCGUCGGCAGACUGCUCAACGUACAUGCUCAGAGUUACUCGAACGAUCACGACUCGUGGAUCGCCUCGACGAAGGAGUUACUGUCAACUCUACCCUCUUCGCAUUAUCAUCUGCUUGGCUAUCUGACGAUCUACCUUAGCCGCUACGAGGCUCGACACGGACGCAGCGCCGGUGUUUGUGGCGUUUUCGCGCCUGUCAUUCUACCGCACGUGCCACCGGCGACCACUCUGCUGCGGGACAUUCUUGCCGAGGCGCUGGUGCUGUUCCCCGACUGUAUCCGGGAGAAUACGGUGAACGGCGUGAUAGCUGCCGGCGAUUGCAAGAUCUGCAAGGAUACGAGGGACGAGUCGAAGGACUCCGAAGGUGCGUCUCUCCUUUGCGCGCUGAAACCGCGUAAACGCAAGGAACGUCGCGAAUCCUGCUGUCAAGAACGAAAGCUAAUAAGGAGCAAUAGUGAGGAACGUGUUCUUGACAGUCCCACUGACGUCGCAGAUACGAUUAGACGUGUGAGUAGCCACGAAGAUUUCAACAGCCAGGAACAUCUGCAUAUUUUAUCGCAGCUCGGUCAAGACAUGGGUCACGGCGUGAGGUGCGGUGGAUUACCGCUUCACGAGAGGACCAACGUUUCGCCUGUCUUGAAGAAAUCAGUAUCAGUACCGUCACCAUGUGAGGUAGUAGUAGCGACCGAGAAAUAUGAUUGCGACGCCGAGAAACUGAGAAGUAGCGAACGCUUCAGCAGAAGCAUCACCCCGAGAGGCAGAAGACAAGCGCGUAGGAGAAGAGUGCACAGAGUUCAAGAUACAGACCAGAGUUCCAGCAAGGAAAACGAAGAAGAAUCCGAAAAUAUGUAUAUCUCCAAUGUGUCACCAAGCCCUACCAGCCAUAAUGGUUCGCCAGCUCAGUUUUUAGAGAUGUUAAGCAGCGGACCUAGCAGGUCACCCUCACCAGCUCGUCCACCUACCGUCGAUCACGAGGAUGUAAAUAAACCCAGUUUGACUAAUUGGGGCUUUCAGCAUUUGGAAGGAAACGAAGAAGCCGUGGAUGCUCGAGUGGAAGCCAUGCUUUCGCCCAGGAACUCCCUGUUGGAACCUAGGAGAUUUUACUCCGAGGAGGAGAUACAACCCAGCACGCCUAAUCCAUCGGAUAUGGGACUCAAAAACUUAGCAAAACACAUUAAUGGCCUGAAAAAGAAGAUUAAGAAGUACGAGGACGAGUUUGAAGAAAAUUUCGGCUAUCGGCCGAGUCAUUCUGACAAAAUGAGUAAUCGCGACAUCAAGCGGCUGUGCACAGAGCUAAAUAAGUUACGAAAGGAACACAAGUUAUUGAAGGAAGAUCCGAUAGGCGCACUUCUGGCCAAUGCCAACAAUCGACUGAACAAUGGUAGUCCAAUAAACAACAACAAUGGCCAUGAAAAAUCACGCGUGACAUCGAUGGAAGAGAUGGUGAAAGAAGCAGAAAAGAAGCUCAGUGAGAAACGAAUUAAGUACAAUCGGCCCGAUAACAUGGAAGAACUCAGCUACGAGCAAUUGCUGGACGAAAAGACGGCCGUACAAAAAGCGUUACUUCAUAUCGAGAACACUUUCGGUAGGCCGGUUUCGAAGGAAGAUAGAGCGGUUGUGCGACCGCUAUACGACCGAUAUAGAACCUUGAAGAGACUUCUCAUUAGAGCAGGCGUGAACAAAAAUAAGGACAGCGUCUCGGAACUAGCUACAAUUUUGGAGCAUGAAACAAUGGAUUUUACAUCGUCAAGUCUGCCUGGAAAUCCUGCGGAAACUGAAAGGAGAGCCAGCGAGCCUGACAUGUCUCAUCGAGGUAUUUUAGAUUGUAUCGACACCACGGAUCAAUUACCAACCGAUAGCGAUAGUCAACAUAGUAGCAGUGAAGGCAGUCGCGGCGCCGGUGAAAGUUUGCACGCUCUUCCUCAAGAGGAAUUAUUAAUGCAACAACAAGCUACUCGAGAAGAAAAGAAACGGCUUCGCAGAGCGUUGAAAGAGUUGGAAGCACAAUUUGAAGCCCGAGCCGGCCGUCGCAUGCAACGCGAGGAUCGCGGACCACAAGUCACCACCGUGUACGAAUCCUACAAGCAAGCAAAGGCGAAACUUAGACUGAUCGACGCUCUUAUAGCUAAGAAGGCUUGACGCAGUAUUUAAUUUACGAGUAACGAAGAUCUGACGUGAAACAAUACUGUGGAAAUCUUCGAAGAGGCUUUAAAUGUUUGUAAUAAGACACAAUUGUCGCAUCACGAAUGCAAUACAACUCAUUCGUCGUCUGCAAUUUUUGCAUCAUGAAGUCAUAAUUAAAAAGGCCUGAAAAAGCAGUUCAACUGAGCGAAGUCUUCUGAAACAAAGAACGGUAACGUAAUGAGAAUUUAUUGUCCAGAAUCAAAAGAUUUUUAAAGUAAAAAUGAGAAAGCUGGUAAUAUUUGCAAAUAUAGGAUUUUCUUCACUUUCUAGUUUAUGCGUAUUGAUACUGAAUCUUUUUCUAAUUGUAGAUUCUGUUAUAACUCGAAAAAUAAUAUCAAAUAUUUUCAACGUUAAUAUAACAUUUUAAGUAUUUGCAAUACUAUUGUUUUAAUCAACAUAAUCAAUAUGUUAAAAGUACGCAUGAACGGACAAGUUAUAGUGGUAUCGAAAUAGCACGUUUGAGCUCUUUAAACACUAAUGAUUCUAGAACAUAAAAUUACUACAAAACAUCUUAACGAUGUAACGGCGCGAUGAAAUAAUUGUACAUCUUGUUCAUUGAUACACUUUCUUAUCAUAUUUAAUAUUUGUUUAUUUAUGAUGGGAAAUUUUUACUUAAUUGUCCUCCAUUUAUUUAUCCUACAUGCAGGAUUAGGAUAAACUUUUUUGCACUGGGAAGAAACUGGAUGAUUGUUUUGGAAUAUAUUUACAGUUUAUAAAUUUUUAAUUAAUUUGUUACAAAUAUAAAGCAUAUUUAUAAUUUUUAUAUAUAUCUUGUUGCACAGGAUCUGUAAACUUUGUUUGUAUUUAAAAUGUCAAGUUUUACAGAUGAAUGCACAAGGACAGAUAUUAAUGAUUGAGAUUAAAAAUGGAUUUAUCAAUUUAAAUCGUUAAUGCAAAUCUACAGAUCAAGAUUUUUCCAACGUAGAAAAAGAAGACUUGUAUCACAAUUUACAAAGAAUACAUCAAGUAACAUUUUUAUUUCACAGUUAAAUAUAUAAUUUUAUAUGCUUAAUAUUU